ACAGUCAGAAAGCGAGUUUGAUGGUUCCUGCAGUUGCUUCAGGACUGAUAUGUGGAGACGGGUUAUGGAUUCUUCCGUCAUCAAUACUUGCCUUGGCGAAGCUUAAGCCUCCUAUGUGUAUGACCUUUCAAUCCUCUUAGGCUAUGAGGAGUGAUGUUGAACUGAGGGAGAUUGGAAGAGAAGAUUUUGAGGAGGAAGACAAGGUGCAAGAUGAAAUAAAGAGGGUGCCACCAUGGCAAAAACAGAUUACUAUAAGAGGAAUAAUUGCCAGUAUAUUAAUUGGGGUGAUUUACAGUGUUAUAGUGAUGAAGCUCUGUCUUACAACUGGUCUUGUUCCUAAUCUUAAUGUGUCAGCUGCUCUUCUGGCUUUUGUGUUCCUUCGAACAUGGACGAGUUUUCUUCAGAAACUCGGGAUUGUAACGGUUCCUUUCACUAGACAAGAGAAUACCAUUGUUCAAACCUGUGCAGUUGCUUGUUACAGCAUUGCUGUUGGAGGUGGGUUCGGAUCGUACCUUUUGGGUCUGAAUAGGAAGACAUAUGAGCAAGCUGGGGUUGAUACACAGGGAAAUGCUCCCAUUAGCUUCAAGGAACCUGGAGUUGGUUGGAUGACUGGAUUUCUUUUUGUUAGCAGUUUUGUUGGGUUGCUGGCUUUGGUUCCACUUAGAAAGAUAAUGAUAAUAGACUACAAGCUCCGUUAUCCAAGUGGAACUGCCACAGCAAAUCUAAUCAAUGGUUUCCACACCUCUAGAGGAGAAAACGAACCCAGGGUGGAAGUUCAUGGCUUUGUGAAAUGUCUCCUCAUCAGUUUCCUAUGGAGCUUCUUCCAGUGGUCCUAUUCUGGUGGAAACCAAUAUGGCUUUCCACAGUUUCCAAAAUUUGGAUUAAAAGCAUGGGAAAACUCGCAAUUUUGCAGAUUUUAUUUCGAUUUCAAUAUGACCUACAUUGGAGCAGGGAUGAUAAGUUCUCACCUAGUUAAUUUGUCAUUGCUUCUUGGUGCUGUUCUUUCCUGGGGAGUAAUGUGGCCACUCAUUGGGGACAUGAAAGGGAAAUGGUUCCCUUCUUCAUUGCCAGAAAGCAGCAUGAAGAGUCUAAAUGGAUACAAGGUUUUCAUUUCUAUUGCCCUUAUUCUAGGUGAUGGGCUCUAUAAUUUCUUCAAGACGCUGUUCUUCAUCAUCCGAAGCAUUCAUGAUCGCUUGAAGGACAAAAAACUGAGCUCAUGUCCAGAUAGCAAAAAACAGGCACUAGAUGAUCUUGUAAGAAAUGAGGUCUUCAUGAGAGAAGGAAUUCCCAUUUGGCUAGCAUGUUUCGGCUACACAUUCUUCUCCAUAAUCUCCAUCGUCGUGAUCCCAAAAGUGUUUCCCGAGCUGAAAUGGUACUAUGUAGUUGUUGCCUACAUGCUAGCACCUUCCCUCAGCUUUUGCAAUGCCUAUGGCACUGGUUUAACAGACAUAAACAUGGCCUACAAUUACGGAAAAGUAGCCCUCUUCGUGCUUUCUGCUGUAGCAGGUAAAGAUUCUGGUGCAGUCGUGGGGCUCGUGGGCUGUGGUCUAAUCAAGUCAAUUGUAUCCAUCUCCUCUGAUCUGAUGCAUGAUUUCAAGACCGGCCACCUAACCCUCACUUCCCCUCGGUCAAUGCUUCUUAGCCAGGCUAUUGGAACUGCAGUCGGGUGUGUGGUGGCCCCACUCACGUUCUUCCUCUUUUACAAUGCCUUCGAUGUUGGUAACCCUGAUGGAGAGUACAAGGCUCCCUACGCCCUCAUCUACCGAAACAUGGCUAUUCUCGGUGUGCAGGGCUUUUCUGCUUUACCUCAACACUGCCUGCAGCUGUGUUACGCAUUUUUCGGGUUUGCUGUCGUGGCUAACCUGGUGAGGGACACCUCUCCUAAAAAGAUCGGGAAGUGGGUCCCACUUCCGAUGGCAAUGGCUGUUCCUUUCCUUGUAGGGGGCUAUUUUGCCAUUGACAUGUGUGUGGGGAGCUUGGUGGUGUUUGCCUGGCACAGGUUAAAUAGCCAGAAAGCAAGUUUAAUGGUUCCUGUAGUUGCUUCAGGACUGAUAUGUGGAGAUGGAUUGUGGAUUCUUCCUUCAUCGAUUCUUGCCUUGGUAAAGCGUAACCCUUCUAUCCGAUGAUGGUUGAAGGCUUGAAGCAGGCGCAGCCAUGGAGGGUAUAAGCUGUUAAAAAGGGUAAGUUUGAAGAGGUUUAUGUUGUAUUACUGCGACAUGGAAGUUUUGCACUAAGGAGUAUGAAAAUUACAAAGUUAUUAUGAUUCAAAAGCCAAGUCAGUCAAUUAUAGCAUUAUACCAAUUUCAUAGAACUGGGAAAACAAAAUACAUGUAACAGUGGUAUGAUAGGAGUCACAGGAUUGACAUAUUGAUCAUGUUUGAAUCCCAGAUAAGCUGAUAUUAAAGCCUUCCUUUGUUUUCAGCUGAUAUGUGAAUUAUAGGAAUUAAAUUAUUGCUC